GAACCUUACGACAAGAUGUCUUCACGGGAGAGGACAAGUUCGAAGCAGUGGUCGCACACCCGAGCUGGCGACACUGAUGGUUUAUCUCGAAGCUCGAGGAAAACUUCAUCGAGUUUGGAAAGUUCGACGUAUAAAAAAGACGCGAAACUGUCAGUUAGUUCACUCUCACAACACGAUAGCCUUCUGUCCGACAGGAGGAGCUCGUCCUCUAAGUUUGACAGUUCUUAUGGGAAGGCGGACAGCUCCUCUUCCAAGUUUGAUAGUUCUUAUGAAAGACGGGACAGUGUUUCAUCUAAGUUCGAUAGCUCGUACGGGAAGCAAGACAGUGCUUUUUCAAAGUAUGACACAUCUCGCGCGAAAAGAGACAGUUUCUCCUCUGUGUUCGACAGUUCUCGUGGAAAUCAAGACAGUUCAGCAUCAAAAUUUGAAAGUUCUUAUGGUAAAAGGGGCAGUACCUCGUCCUACAAGCACGACAGUUCUUAUGACAUAAAGGACGACAUCAGUUCGUCCAGAUUCGACAGCUCGAAGCAGCAGAAUAGCGCUUAUUCCAAACUCGACAGAUCUGCUAAGGAAUAUGAUCGCUUAUUCGACGACGAUGAAUCGACUGAGUUGCGGAGUUCUAUCAGGAGGAAGGAGGGAAGGUACUCAGCCUACGACGACUCCUCGACCACCUCAGACGAAGGACAAAUUGAUGGAAUUGCCCCGACAUUUGCUCAGAAGCCGGUCAUUAAGCAGGAGGAAGGUGGUAAACACAUCAAGUUUGAAUGCCGUAUCCAGUCUGAUCCUAAACCUGCUAUUACUUGGUUCCGUGAUGGACUUAAGGUGCAAGAGUCCUCACGGUGCAAGGUAAUGAUCGAGAAGGAUGAGAAGUCGUACUUCGUGACGAUGGCACUGACCAACGUGACGGUGGAGGACGCCGGGAAGUACAAGGUUACGGCCAAGAACGAACUUGGAGAGAGCAAUGCCACUAUUAGCCUUAACUUCGACAGUUCCUUUAUGAUGCUCACAGCCGACGAGGCGCCGUUGCCGUCUAAGGAUGGUGUCAGACCCACCUUCACCGAGAGGCCCAGCAUCAAGCAGAGCGAGGAUGGCUCCAGCGUCAUCUUCAGCUGCCGUUGCGUGGGUAACCCCCAGCCCACCUUCGUGUGGGAGUUCAAGGGGAAGAAGCUGAGUCAAGGCGCGCGACACAAGAUGAUGGUAGAACCUGACGGCAAGAUCUACUACCUGAUCAAAAUGGAGAUCAGUAGGGUGUCCAGCGCUGACGAGGGCGAGUACAAGGCCUUCGCCAACAACAAGCUGGGUGAGGGAGUCGCCACCAUCAACCUACACUUCGAGGGAAAGACAGCUUCAGACAAGCCAAAGAUCCCUGAUGGUAAGGCCCCAAGAUUCCCCAAGAAGCCAGUGAUCCGCCAGGAGGGCGAUAAGCUGGUGAUGGAGUGUGUACUGGAGGCCAACCCCGAGCCUGAGGUCACCUGGUUCAAGGGUACUGAGAUGGUGCAGGAACAAGGUCGCGUGUCCAUGUACAAGAAGAUCUGCGGGAAGGACCAAUAUAUUGUGUCGGUAACCAUCAUGAAACCUGAAGAAUCGGACGGAGGACAGUGGCGGUGCAACGCCUUCAAUCCCUUCGGCGACUCCAACGCCAACAUCGCCCUUAACUUCGAGAAGGGCAAAGCCAUUCCAGAGGGUUUCGCACCCACCUUCCUCGACAAGCCCUCCAUCAUCCCCAACGAGUCUGGCACGAUGAUUACCAUGAAGGUACGGUGCAAGGCCAAGCCACAGCCCACGGUGGAGUGGUUCAAGGACGGCAAGAAGCUGGAGGCCGCCAAGCGUCUCGUUAUCAAAGAACAUAAAGUCACCUCCGAGAUGUUCGAGUAUUCGUGUAUUGUUAAGGAUCCGUGUGGUGCUGAUGCCGGCAAGUACAAGUGCGUGGCAAUGAACCAAUUCGGCGAGGCCACAGCCAACGUGAACCUCAACAUCGAGUCGGACCCGGAGCCGACAGGCCAGGCGCCGGUGUUCGUGGAGAAGCCCACCAUCAAGUUCGAGGAGAAGGCUGGGCGGGUGCUGAUGGAGGCUCUGGUGCGCGCCGACCCAAAGCCCACCUCUCGCUGGACCAAGGACGGCAAGGAGCUCGACGUGACCAGAGUGACUGCGACCGUCAUCCACGAGAAGGACGACUUGUACCGCAUCCGCAUGGAGUUGCGGAAACCACAACCUACUGACGGUGGUGUGUACAAGUGUAACAUCAAGAACGAAUUUGGGGAGCUUAAUGCUAACCUGAACCUGAACAUCGAAGUGGCGCCCACGAUCAAGAGGCCGCCUAAGAUCGUGUCAAUAUUCAAGAGGAAGGUGGUGAUAGAGUGCGUGGUUAUGUCCACUUCUAAGCCAGCCUGCAACUGGUUCAAGGACAGCACCAAAGUCCGACUCGACACACGUCACUGCGUCAACAUCAAUGAGGAGGGAGAGGGUAAAUACGUGGUUCAGAUGGAGAUGCUGAAGACCGAGAAGAUUGACUGUGGUGCCUACAAGCUGGUGGCCAAGAACGAGAAGGGUGAGACGAGUUCCCAAGCUGUAAUGCUCACCGAGGUCAUGUUGGAGGAGAAGGAAGAGAAAAAGAAGGAGGAGGUCAAGGAGGAGAAAAUGGAGCAACAGGAGGCAGCACAGGUUGAGGAGGAGGCCAAGAUGGAGGAAGGUCAGGCUGCCAAAAAAGACAAACCCAAAAGGAAACAAAUUAAGAAAGAGGAGGCCCCUGACGAGCCUUGGAAGGUUAAGCUCAAAAAGGUCAAACCUAAGGAAGAGGUGGUAGAUGAAGAAGCUAAACAAAUUCAACUCAAAAAGGUUGGAGCUAAGGCUGAAGAGACCGAAGAAGUUGAAAAGGUUAAACUUAAAAAGAUCAAAACUAAAGAAGAAAUGACCAUUGAAGAAGCUCAAAAAGUUCAACUCAAAAAGGUCGGAGCUAAGGCUGAACAGGCCGUAGAAGAAGUUGAAAAGGUUAAGCUUAAAAAGAUCAAAGCUAAAGAAGAAGAGUCCAUGGAAGAGGCUCAAAAAGCUCAACUCAAAAAGGUUGGAGCUAAGGCUGAACAGGCCGUAGAAGAAGUUGAAAAGGUUAAACUUAAAAAGAUGAAAGCUAAAGAAGAAUUGACCGUUGAAGAAGCUCAAAAAGUUCAACUCAAAAAGGUCGGAGCUAAGUCUGGACAGGCCGUUGAAGAAAUUGAAAAGGUUAAGCUUAAAAAGGUCAAAGCUAAAGAAGAAGAGUCCAUGGAAGAGGCUCAAAGAAUCCAACUCAAAAAGGUCGGAGGUAAAGAACAAACGGCCAUAGAGGAGGGUGAGAAAGUAAAGCUCAAAAAGAUCGGAGAUAAAAAGGAGUUCGCGGUAGAAGAGGCAGAAAAAGUACAACUGAAAAAGGUUGAAACUAAAAAGGUAGAAGCUAAAAAAGAGGAAGCGAAAGAAUCUAAAACGGAACCCCUCCAGGAGGAGCCUGAGGAACAGAAGAGAAAGGGGAGUAAUGCAGAGCACCCUAAUCCUGAGGCCAAAAAAGAUAACCCGGGCCAUAAAGAUAACCCGGGCCAUAAAGAUAACCCGGGCCAUAAAGAUAACCCGGGCCAUAAAGAUAACCCGGGCCAUAAAGAUAACCCUGGCCAUAAAGAUAACCCAGGCCAUAAAGAUAACCCGGGCCAUAAAGAUAACCCGGGCCAUAAAGAUAACCCGGGCCAUAAAGAUAACCCGAACCCUAAAAACCCGAAGAAUCCUAAAGAUAAACAAGUGACUAAAUUGGAACCUGAAAACCCUAAAGAUUCUAAAGCAAAUCCCAAAAAGGAUCUAAACAAACCGAAAAUCGUAGAGCCCAAGCAGGCGGUAAAGACAAAAGCAAAGCGACGGAGCGGUGCAAGUGCUAUGCUAGAGUCACAUGAAAUGGGGAUAAGUCAAGCUAUCAGUGAACUAAACUUUGAGAGUAACGGUGCAGUGUCCAGGCGAUACACAGUUGGCAAUGUCGUCGAAUACAGUCGAGAGACCCCGAUAGACAUUACCAUCUACCAUCUUGACGACGUAGACGACACAGGAACGACCUCUCACGAUGACGACCAGAAAAAGGAGAGUGGGUGGCUCCCUACCCCUCUUACAGCUCGUCCCCCUAGACCAAGCUUACCCCUGGCGAGUCGGCCCUCCCUCAACAUCCUCCCCACGCUUCAAAUUCCCUCCUUGCUCAGCCCUUCGGAGGAAGAUGUACCCUUCGUUGUGCCCAUGAGGCGCAGGAGCAAGUACGAGCUCCCGGAGAUUAUUGAGACGCCGGAAGAUGAAGACAAAGGCAUCCGUAUGUUCCUACAGCGGAGGAUCAGCAUCGACUGUAAGGACGCUCCUAAGAUCGAGGUGAUCAAGGAAAAAUCCCCCGAGCGCCGCGGGUCUCUGGCCACAGGCUCAGGACCUCCCAGCAGGAGAGGUUCUCUCAUUCCCCCUGAGGAAGGGGCCGGCGGUCGCAGGCCGUCCCUCCUCAUCGCCGACGAGGCCAAGAAAAAAGGAAAGGGGGCAGAAGAAGCACCAUUGGAGUUUAAGGCAAGACCCGUCAGAUUACUCCCAGGAGAAGAAUUAGUGGAGGGCAAGGGGAAACUUAAACCCGGCGAGCAGGCAACCAAACAGCGUCGACGUCCCAGUAGCGACGUCCGACGACCCUCUGUGCAAGAUGACGAGAAGAUGGACAAGCCCUGCACUCCACUCAGAGCCAUUGGCAACCCAGGAGCACCUGUCAUCGUCGACGUCCAGCAGAAGUACACGGCUGUUGAGGACCAAAACGGGUACAUCGAUCUGGUGGCCGAGGGUAACCCAGCGAUUACCAAGAUCAAGUUCUUCAAAGGCAUCACUGAGAUUAUUGAGGGUGGCCGCUACAAGAUCCACACGGAGGGCGAGACCAACACCAUCACCCUCUGUAUCAGGAAGACGAAGGCCAACGAUGAGGGCCGCUACAAGGUCAUCGUCUCUAACGCUAACGGCGAAGACUCAGCCGAGAUGGACUUCUACGUGUCCGAUGCCAGUGGUAUGGACUUCCGAGCCAUGUUGAAGAAGAAGAAGUACGCUAAGUGGAAAAAGGACAACGAGGACCCAGACUGGGGUGACCUCAAGGAGACAGAGAAGGAGCAGAAGCCUCAGCUCCGCAAGGUCGAGAGGGAACCCACGCCAAGACUUAAGCCCCCGGAGCCAGGGAGUCGCAAGCCGUCGUUGUCUGAGAUAAUUCCCGACUGGCCAACCCUGCAGGCCGUCAAACGUUCCAGGAAGCAGGAGUCAUGGAUCAAGCCCUUGGUUGAUCUCACCGUCAAGGAAGGGAAGGAGAAGUUCGCUAAAUUUGAGGGCGAGUUCUCCAAGAAGGACUCGAAACCCAAAUGGUUCUUCAAGAAGGACGAAUUGUUCUCUGGAUCAAAGUACAAGUUCAAGUCAGAAGGAUGUGUACACAGCAUCGUGAUCAGCAAGCCCACAGUGGACGACAUGGGCAGAUACACAGUGGAGUGUAUGGGCAUUUCUUGUUCCUGCAUCCUCACUGUCCAGGAACCUGAUCCUGACUACAAGUUCGUACGGCCACUACCCAAGAAGAUCUCCAGCUAUACCACUAAGGACGCCACCCUCGAGUGUCAGGUCAACUCCCACAAGGCCAUCGUUCACUGGUUCAAGGGUGACCAGAAGAUCGAGGAAAACGAGAAGUUCGAGGCUUAUAAGGACAUGACGGGUACAGUGCGCCUCACCAUCAAGAACGCCUCGAAGAAGGACAAGGGCAAGUACACCGCCAAGAUCUUCAGGUGCGAAAAGGAGAUCACUGAGACCACCCUCAGCAUCGUCGACCAACCCUUCAAGUUCACCAAGCAGCUCAAGUCCAAGACGGUGACGGAGAACCAUAAGGUCGUUCUCGAGUGUGAUGUGGACGAGGCUGAAGCUGAAGUGGAGUGGUUCUAUGGCGAUAAAAAAUUAACUCCUGACGCCAAAGGGUCUCAAGCAUGUACGUCCCUCCGAGCCGACAGCCUCAAGAUCAUGAAGGACGGCAAGAAGCGGCAGCUGGUGUUCAAGAGCAUUACUAUGGAUGAUGGCGGCAACUACACCUGUAAGACCAACGCCGACGAGACCACCUGUGAGCUGAUCGUCCAGUACGAAAACAAAUUCAAGAAGAAGCUGCAGGAUCAGAUGUCCUAUGAAAGGCAGCCAGCGACCUUCGAAGUGGAGCUCGUGGACCCCAACUCUCCCCUCCAGUGGUUCAUCAACGGCAAGGAGGUGACCGAAGGAGAUAACUACGAGAUCGUCAAGAAGGGCGCCGUCCAUAAACUGAUCAUCAAGUCGUCCUCCACGGAGCACGAGGGCGAGAUUAAGGCGGUGUGUGGUAACCUCGAGACGGCGUGUCAGCUGAGUGUGGGUGAGGGCGAGAAGCCUCCCAGCAUCAAGCCUGAGGAGCCUAUUGAGGGCCCUGUCACUAAGCCUCUGGUCUUCGAGGUUCCCUACACCAUCCCUGGCGCGAGGAUCACCAAGGUCGAUGCCAAGCUGCUGAAGGACGGUAAACCCAUGAACGUGAAGGAUGUAGAGGUGACCAUCCUGGAGAAGAAGGUGGUGUACACGAUCAAGAAGCCUAGCAGAGACCAGACCGGCAAGUAUACCAUCAGGAUGUCUAACAAGGCUGGUGAGAGUAGCAAGGAAGUGAAGAUCAACAUGCAAGACAAGCCUAGUCCACCUACCAAUAUUGAGGUGUCAGAGAUCUUCUCCACGUCGUGCCUGGUGACCUUCGGGCCACCUAAGGAUGACGGUGGUCUGCCUCUCACCUACUACACCCUCGAGCGACAGGACUUCGCCGUGAAGGCGACACAUCCGAGAAUCUGGGAACGAACAGGUGGUUGGGCGCAGGUGGCGGAGAUCCCGGCCGACGAGCCUCUGCGCUUCAAGUGUGAGGACUUAGAGAACAAGAAGCAGUACAAGUUCAAGGUGACCGUCAGUAACAAGCUGGGAGCCUCCGACCCGGCUAUCCAUCCCAAGGUCAUCCUGGCCAAGGACCCAUGGGAUGAACCUGGCAAGAUCCUGCACGUGGAGGUGAACGACUGGGGUCCAGAACACGCUGACCUACGGUGGUCCAGGCCGGAGACUGACGGUGGUGCCCCCAUCACUGGCUACGUGAUCGAGUUCAGGACUCGCGCUAUGCCUGAAGGAGGAGAGGUGGACCGCUUCUCAGACUGGAGCAAAGGUAUCGAGAUCCAGGGAGACGUAACGGAGGGAACCAUCCCCAACCUGAAGGAGGGCAACCAGUACGAGUUCCGUGUGAGAGCCGUCAACAAGGCUGGUCCUGGCGAGCCGUCAGAUCCCACCAAGCCCAUCCAGGCCAAACACCGCUUCGUGAAGCCGUUCGUGAUUAACAAGGACGAGUUCAAGAACAUCGUGAUCAAGAAGACACAGUUGUUCAAGCUGGACGUGAAGUACGGUGGUGAGCCCGAGCCUCGUGUCAUCUGGAAGAAGGACGACAAGGAGGUGGUGCCUGACGAAGAGGAGAGGUUACCUGAUCCUUACAACUGCCGAAGGAUUACCAUCGAGAAGUUCGAGAGGAACACAGUGUUCACUCUGAGGAAGGGCGUCCGCUCCGACACCGCCAAGUACAAGUUGCAGCUGGUCAACUCUGUAGGCGAGUGUGAGGAGGAGGCCGACGUGGUGGUGCUCGGUAAACCAACCCGCCCUGAAGGUCCGCUCUUCCCUGAGGAGAUCCGCGCCGACCAUGUCACGCUCAAGUGGAAGAAGCCCAAGGAUGACGGUGGCCUGCCCAUCGAGGGUUACAUCAUCGAGAAAAUGGACAUGGACACCGGCGCCUGGAUACCUGCUGGCGAAAUUGGGCCGGAUAAACAGGAGUUCACCGUGGACGGCCUCACACCCAAGAAGAAGUACAAGUUCCGCGUGAAGGCUGUUAACAAGGAGGGCGAAUCUGAGCCCCUCGAGAACGAUGAACCUAUCAUGGCUCGCAACCCCUACGACGAGCCAUCCCGCCCGGGCAAGCCGGAGAUCAUCGACUAUGACAACACGAUGGUCGUCCUGCGGUGGACUCCCCCUGAGAAGGACGGCGGCCGCCCCAUCACUCACUACCACAUUGAGAUGAAGGACAAGCUGUCGAUUGACUGGAAGGAAGUGGUUCAAACCAAGGACACCAACUGCGAGGCUCAGGUGCCCGGCCUCAAGGAAGGCACCAUCUACAGCUUCCGUGUCCGCGCCGCCAACAAGGCUGGUGUGGGCGAGGCCUCAGAGCCUACUGACAAUCACCUCUGCAAACACAGGAACUUGAAGCCGCGUAUCGACCGAACCAACUUCAAGUCGGUCACCAUCAAGGUCGGUCGCAGCCACAAGUGGGCGGUGGACUACACUGGUGAGCCCGAGCCUGAGGUGGAGUGGAGCCGCGGAGAAAACAUCCUCUCCAACACAGACAGGAUCCACAUUGAGAACACCGACCACCACACCGAGUUCUCCGUCACCGACGCCACCAGGAAGGACGCCGGGCUCUACACCCUCAAGGUCGAGAACCGCAACGGCAAGGACAGCGAGACUGUGGAGCUGGUAGUUCUCGGUAAGCCAGCCAGGCCCAAGGGUCCCCUGGAGGUGUCCAACGUGCACGACACAGGCUGCAGACUCAAGUGGGAAAAGCCUGAGGACGACGGUGGGAUGCCCAUCAAGGAGUACGAGAUUGAGAAGAUGGACUUGGCUACUGGCAAGUGGGUCAGAUGCGGCAAGUGCCCUGGGGCCCUGGCUCCUCCCUACUUCAACGUGGAAGGCCUCGAGCCCGGCCACCAGUACAAAUUCCGUGUCACCGCCGUCAACGACGAGGGCGAUUCAGAUCCUCUGGAGGCUGACCAGGCCAUCCUUGCCAAGAAUCCCUAUGACGUGCCCACGGCUCCUGGCCGUCCAGAGAUCAUCGACUACGACAACAAGUCGGUGGACCUCAAGUGGACGGUGCCUGAGUCUGACGGUGGCGCCCCGAUCAUGAAGUACAUCAUCCAGAAGAAGGACAAGUUCAUGCCAGACUGGGAGAACGCAGGAGAACUGAAGCAGGAUGUGAUACAGCCGCCGAAGCCCGGCACGCCCGUGGAGACCAAGGUAGUUGGACUGAAGCACAGGGCCGAAUACCAGUUUAGGAUAGUGGCUGUCAACAAGGCUGGUAACUCUCCAGAGUCUGAGGCCACAGACUACCACCUCGUCAAGCACAAGGCCCUGAAACCCCGCAUCGACCGCACUCACCUGAAGACGACGACGGUCAAGGCUGGUCGCAACGUCAAGUUCGAUAUCAACAUCGAGGGUGAGCCAGCACCUACCGUCCAAUGGGUCCUCAAGGAACAAGAGGUGAAGGAGACUAACGUAGAGAUCGUCGACGUGGAAUACAACACCAAGUUCAGCAUGAUAGACGCCAAGAGGAAGCAGACGGGCAUCUACAAGAUCAUCGCCACCAACAAACACGGCAAGGACGAGGCUGAGGUGGAAAUCGUCAUCCUCUCUGGUCCUGGGAAACCAAAGGGUCCCUUGAAGGUAUCUGACGUCACCAAGAAGGGCUGUAAGCUGAAGUGGGAUAAACCUGAUGACGACGGCGGUAAACCCAUCCAGGAGUAUCUAGUAGAGAAGCAGGACCCCAUCACUGGUCGUUGGGUCCCCGUCGGCAGGACUAAGGAUCUGACCAUGGACGUGCCAGGGCUGCAGGAGGGCAAGGAGUACAACUUCCGCGUGAAGGCCGUUAAUGAAGAGGGCGAGUCUGAUCCCCUUGAGACCGAGCACGCAACCCUCGCCAAGGAUCCUUAUGGUCCCCCCGGCAAGCCCAGCAUACCGGAUAUAGUGGACUGGGACGUGGACAGGGUUGAUCUUAAGUGGGAGGCCCCCAAGGACACCGGUGGCGCCCCCAUCACCAAGUACAUCAUCGAGAAGAAGGAACGUUACGGGCGAAACUUCGUGGAGUGCGGUAAGAUCAAGGGCAACGUGUGUCAGGGUCCUAUUACUGGCCUGAAGGAAGGCGAGAAGUACGAGUUCCGUGUGAAGGCUAUCAACAAGGCCGGAGUGGGCGAGCCAUCUGAUUCGACUCUCCCACACACCGCCCGCGCUAAGUUCCGUAAGCCUCUCAUCGACCGUACCAACGUGAAGGACAUGGUGAUCAAGGUGGGCCAGCAGUACCUCUAUGACAUUGAUGUCAUCGGUGACCCCAAGCCUGUCAACGAGUGGACCCUCAAUGACAAGCCCUUGCUAUCUAUCCUUGAACAGGAGGUGGUGACGAAGGAUAUGAUGCGCGUGGACUCCUCGGGCAACAAUACCAAGAUGCUCAUCAUGAAGGCGCAGAGGAAGAUGUCUGGCAAGUAUGUUCUCACCUCUAAGAACGAGCACGGCGAAGACUCCGUCCAGAUCGCCCUUACUGUCCUCGGUCCUCCCAGCAAGCCCAUGGGCCCGCUGGAGGUGAGUGACGUGAAGGCCAACGGAUGUAAGCUCAAGUGGAAGAAACCUGAGGACGAUGGUGGUUUGCCCGUUGACCACUACGAGAUCGAGAAGUUGGACCCCAUCACCGGUCAAUGGAUGCCCUGUGGUGAGUCCAAGACCCCGGAGUACGACGUGACGGGCCUGCAGGAGGGUAAGAAGUACAAGUUCCGCGUCAAGGCUGUCAACCCCGAGGGCGAGUCAGAGCCCCUCGAGGCUGACAAGGCUAUUAUCGCCAAGAACCCCUUCGAUCCUCCUAGCAAACCAGGCAAACCCAAGGCUACUAACUGGGACCGUGACUUCGUGGAGUUGGAAUGGGCCAAGCCUAAGGAUGAUGGCGGUGCAGAGAUCACCAAGUACAUUGUUGAGAAGCGUGACGUGGCCGGUCGUGGAUGGACUCCAUGUGGCAGCGGACCAGGGAACCGUACAUCUAUCCGUAUCACAGACGUGGAACCCGGACACGAGUACCUGUUCCGUGUCGUCGCUGAGAAUAAGGCUGGACCCUCUGAGCCAUCUGACGCCUCCGAUUCCGUCAUCUGUAAACCCAGAUUCUUGGCACCCCGUAUCGACCGCAAGAGCGUUGGCAGGAAGACCAUCCGAUCCGGCAUUACCUUCAAGAACGAGUCCAAAGUGGAGGGUGAACCCGAUCCCAAGAUCAAGUGGAGCUUCAAGGGCGAACCCAUCAAGAACGAGAGGGUAAACAUCACGAGCGAGGACCACCUGACCACCAUCAUCAUCAGGAAGGCCAAGCGUUCAGACACCGGCAUCUACAAGAUCUUCGCCAAGAAUGACUCCGGCACAGACGAGGUUGAGCUGGAACUCAUUGUCAUUGGUAAGCCAAGUAAACCAAAGGGCCCACUGAAGGUAUCUGACGUGACCGCUGAGUCUGUCAAGUUGAAGUGGGAGCCGCCUGAAGAUGAUGGAGGUGAGCCGAUCGAUCAUUACGUGGUUGAGAGGAUGGACACAGAGACCGGCCGUUGGGUGCCCGUGAAGGAGUCGAAGACCCCCGAGACCGAGGUGCCAGGAUUGACGGAGGGUAAGGACUACCACUUCCGCGUGAGGGCCGUCAACUCAGAGGGCGAGUCAGAACCUUUGGAGACUGACGCCGCCACCAAGGCCAAGAAUCCCUUCGACCCGCCCAGCAAGCCCGGCAAGCCUGAGGUGAAGGACUACGACAGGACUUGGUGCGAGCUGAAGUGGAAGGCUCCUGAGACUGACGGAGGAGCACCCAUCACCCACUACAUCAUUGAGCGUAAGGACAAGUUCAGCGCCAAGUGGGUGAAGCAUUGUGAGACCAAGAGCAAUAAACCUGAAGGCAAGGUCAACGAUCUCACUGAGGGCGAGACUUACCAGUUCCGGGUCAAGGCUGUCAACAAGGCUGGCCAGAGUAAACCAUCCGAUGCCUCUGAUAACUUUACUGCCAAGCCUAAGUUCCUGGCUCCUGUAAUUGAUCGCACCAACCUGGAAAACAUCACCGUACGGGCUGGCCAGAUGAUCAAGUUUGACGCUAACGUGACUGGUGAGCCGGUGCCCAAGAAGAGCUGGUUCAUCAACAAGGCUCGUCAAGAUAGCGAUCAGCCUGGCAUCAAGAUAGACGAGGAGGACCACCGCACCAAGAUCGUCAUCGCCAGCUGUACCCGCGCCCACAACGGCACCUUCCUCAUCAAGGCCGAGAACUCUGCCGGUCAUGACCAAGUGUCCAUCGAUGUCAAGGUGCUCGACAUACCCGGAAAGCCAGAAGGUCCACUGAAGGUGUCUGACGUCCACAAGGAGGGAUGUCAACUGAAGUGGAAAGAGCCUCUGGAUGAUGGUGGUGCGCCCAUCGAGCAGUACAUCGUGGAGAAGAUGGACACGGAGACUGGCCGCUGGGUGCCAGUGGGCAGGUCACGUGAGCCUAAUAUGGCGGUAGAGAACCUGGAGCCUAACCACGAAUACAAGUUCCGCGUGUCAGCCAUCAACAGCGAGGGAGAGUCUGAGCCUCUGGAAGGUCUUGAGAGCAUCGUGGCUAAGAAUCCUUUCGAUCCCCCAGACCCACCAGGCAAGCCUGAGGCCACGGACUGGGACAAGGACUUCGUGGAACUUAAGUGGCCCAAACCCGCCAAGGACAACGGAGCGCCCAUUACCGGCUACAUCAUCGAGAAGCGCGACGAGCUCACUGGCAAGUGGGUUAAGGCUGCUGAGGUCAAGGGCGACACACCCAAAGGCCGCGUGAAUGACCUGGACGAAGGCGAGACUUACGAGUUCCGUGUUCGUGCCGUGAACGAGGCCGGCCCGUCUGACCCCUCAGAGGCCAGCAAACCUGUCACCUGCAAACCCAGGAAGUUGGCUCCCAAGAUCGACCGUCGUAAUCUUCGUGACUUGACGGUCCGUGAGGGUGAACCAAUCCUCCUGGACGUGAAGGUGAUUGGUGAACCUCCUCCAGACAUUGAGUGGUUCCAUGGCAAGAAGCCUGUCAAGGAGACCAAGGACUUGCGUAUUGAAAAUGUUCCAUACAAUACCAAGUACAUCAAUGAUGAGCCUAUCCGUAAACACUCCGGUGUUUACAAGAUUGUGGCCACCAACCAGUAUGGCCGCGACGAGGCAGAGGUCAACAUCACCGUCAUCUCCAAGCCCGGUAAACCAGAAGGACCCAUCGAAGUGAAGGACGUCCACAAGGAGGGCUGCAAGCUCAAGUGGAAGCCUCCAAAGGAUGACGGCGGCGUGCCCGUUGAAGGUUACGUGGUGGAGAAGUUCGACCCUGACAUGGGUAUUUGGCUGCCGGUGGGCAAGACCUCCACCCCCGAGAUGGAGGUGACCGACCUCACUCCCGGACACGAGUAUGAGUUCCGCGUGAAGGCCGUCAACAAGGAGGGUGAAUCUGAGCCUCUGGUGACCCUCUCACCCAUCACGGCCAAGGAUCCCUUCUCGGUGCCUGGCAGACCCGGAGCUCCCGAGGCCACCGACUGGGACUCGAACCGUAUUGACCUCAAGUGGACGAUGCCUCUGGAUGACGGAGGUGCGGCCAUCUCUCACUACAUCAUCGAGAAGAGGGACAAAUACACGAACUUGUGGGAGAAGGCGUGUGAGACAGACACGCCAGAGUGUAAGGGCUCAGCCACUAACCUGAUCGAGGGCAUGGACUACCAGUUCCGCAUCACGGCCGUCAACCGUGCUGGUCCUGGUGAGCCCAGUGACCCCAGCAAGACCAUCACCGCCAAGCCCAGAUUCUUGCCACCAAAGAUCGACCGCAGGAACCUACGUGACGUCACCAUCUCAGCGGGCUCAAUGCUCAAGUACGACUGUGACAUCUCGGGCGAGCCGCCUCCAACCUCCACCUGGACCUACGAGGGACGUAAGCUGGAGGCCAACAGACACGUCAACAUCACCAACAUCGAUUACAACUCCAAGUUGGUGAUCCGUGACACUCUGCGCACAGACUCAGGCGAGUACGUCAUCACUGCCACCAACAGCUCCGGCAAGGACCAGGUAACGGUGCGUGUGACCGUCACGGACAAACCCAGCCCACCAGAGGGACCAAUCAAGGUGUCCGACGUACGUGGCACUGGAUGUAAGCUCAAGUGGAAGCGUCCCAAGGACGAUGGUGGCACUCCCGUCGAGUACUACCAGGUGGAGAAGCUGGACCCCAACACUGGCUUGUGGGUACCAGCUGGUCGGUCAGCUGGCCCGGAGCCCUCGGUGGAGCUCAACAACCUCAGCCCGGGCACCGAGUACCAGUUCCGUGUGAAGGCUGUGAACGCCGAGGGCGAGUCUGAUCCUCUCAAGGCGGAGGAGCCCGUCCUGGCCAAGGAUCCUUACGAGGAACCAGGCAAGCCCGAGAACCUGAAGGUGGCCGACUAUGACCAGAACAAAGUGGACCUCAAGUGGGAUCCUCCCAAGACCGACGGUGGCGCGCCCAUCCAGAAGUACAUCGUGGAGAAGAAGGACAAGUAUGGCGGCUGGGACAAGGCGUGCGAGGUGCCAGCCAACAAGACCAGCUGCUCGGUACCAGAUCUCAUCGAGGGUGAGACUUACGAGUUCCGUGUCCGUGCCGUCAACCCCGCAGGUCCCGGCCUCCCAUCUGACGCUACUCAUCCUGUCACCGUCAAGCCUAAGAACAUGCCUCCCAAGAUCGACCGCACCAACCUCAUCCCCGUCAGGGUGAAGGCUGGACAGAGCUUCGUGUUCGACAUCAACAUCUCUGGCGAACCUAUGCCGGAUAAGAAGUGGCUGCUGAAGAAGAAGGACAUCAAGCCCAGCAGUGUGACCAACAUCAGGUACAACGACUACAACACCAAACUGAGGGUGACGGGCGCCACCAGGGCUGAGAGCGGCACCUACACCAUCACGGCAGAGAAUGCCAAUGGCAAAGACUCCGCUGACGUCGAGGUCAUUGUGCUUGACAAGCCUGGAGCACCUACGGGCCCUCUUAAGGUGUCCGAGGUGUUCGCCGAGGGCUGCAAGUUGGACUGGCUGCCACCUGCUGACGACGGCGGCUGUCCCAUCGACCACUACGUCGUUGAGCAGCUGGACGAGGCGACGGGCCGUUGGGUUCCUGCUGGUGAGACAGCUGGCAAGGAGACCUCCUUCGACGUGGAGGGCCUCACACCCGGACACAAAUACAAGUUCCGUGUGAAGGCUGUCAACCGUCUGGGUACCUCCGACCCUCUUACCACUCAGCAGGCCAUCGAGGCUAAGAAUCCAUUCGAUCCACCAAGCUCGCCGAAGGACGUCAACAUUGCCGACUUCGACUGCGACUUUGUGGACCUUGAAUGGAAGAAGCCUGAGGCUGACGGUGGUGCUCCUAUCACUAGCUACAUCAUCGAGAAGAGGGACCGAUACAAUCCACUCUGGGAUAAGUGCGCCACAGUAGAAGGUGAUCAGUGCAAGGCUCAUAUACCAGACCUGCUCGAGGGUAACGUGUACGAGUUCCGUGUCGUGGCUGUCAACAAGGCAGGACCCGGCGAGCCUUCAGAGCCCACCAAGCCUCAUGUUGCUAGACCCAAGAAUCUUCCUCCUCGCAUUGACCGUAAUGCCAUGAUGGACGUGAAGAUCAAGGCGGGAGAGAACUUGAACCUGCCGGUGCCGGUGGUGGGUGAACCUCCAGCCACCAAACAAUGGAGAGUGAGGGACAACGACCUCUACCCCAGCGACCGUCUCUCCAUCAUUAGCGAAGACUACAUGACCACCAUCAAGAUCACCGACUGUAAGCGCGCCGACAGCGGUGCCUUCACCCUCAACGCCCGCAACAAGAACGGUGAAGACACCUGCACCGUCAACAUCACCGUCCUGGACGUGCCCGGCGCUCCUGAAGGACCCGUCAAGUAUUCCAAUGUCAACCGCAACGGCUGCACCAUCGCCUGGAAGCCACCUAAGGAUGACGGUGGCUCAGAUAUCACUGGCUACGUCGUGGAGAAGAUGGACAUGGAGACUUACCGCUGGGUGCCAUGUGGAGACGUCAAGGGAACGAGCCACCAGGUGGACAACCUUAUUGAAGGACACGACUACAAGUUCCGUGUGUCAGCUGUCAACCGUCAAGGUCAAGGUCCACCAUGCACCGGCGUGGACACCGUCACCGCCAAGGAUCCUUACAGCAAACCCACCAAGCCUGGCACACCUGAGGUUAUGGACUGGGACAAGGACCGCGUUGAUCUCCAAUGGACGGAGCCUCGUUCUGAUGGUGGCGCGCCAGUCACUGGCUGGAUCGUCGAAAAGAAGAAGCGGUUUGGACCAUGGGAGAAGGCCCUCGAGCUGCCAGCCAAGCACGGCCCCAAGGCUUCUAUUCCUGACCUUACUGAGGGUGAGGAGUAUCAGUUCCGUGUGAUUGCUGUCAAUAAAGCAGGAAACUCUGACCCCUCAGACUCCUCACAGCCAGUCGUCUGCAAGGCUCGGUUUGAGAAGCCUGGUAUUGACACGAGAGACCUGGAGGACCUGAUCAUCAAGGUCAACACGCGCCUCAACUACACAGUGCCAAUCCGCGGAGCACCGAGACCAAAGGUGUCCUGGAGUAUCAACGGCUCGCCCAUUACAGAGUCAGAACGAGUGGACUUGCAGACCUACGGUAAGCAGACCAUCUUGGACAUUCCGUUCGCCCAGCGCACUGACAGUGGUCGUUACACAUUGACACUGGAGAAUGAGCUGGGUAAGGCAUCUGCGUCAGGCACGGUGAUCGUCCUUGACAGGCCUUCACCACCUGAGGGUCCACUGAACGUGUUUGAUGUCACACGAGAGAGCUGUAAGGUGGCCUUCAAAACUCCUGUUGACGAUGGUGGCUCCCCCAUCCUUCACUACCUCGUCGAGAAGAUGGACUUGUCUCGCGGCACCUGGACUGAGGCAGCUGAGGUGUCAGGCCUGAUGGCGGACGUCCACGGCCUCGUCCAUAUGAAGGAAUACCACUUCCGGGUAAAGGCUGUUAACGCCAUCGGCGAGUCUGAACCUCUGUGCACCGACAAGAGCGUCAUUGCCAAGAACGCUCAGGACGAGCCGAGCCCACCUGGCCGCCCCAACGUCGUCGACUGGGACAGUGAUCACGUAGACCUGGAAUGGACUCCACCAUCUCACGACGGUGGCGCGCCCAUCACCGGCUACCUCAUCCAGAAGAAGGAACGUGGAUCACCUUACUGGCAGACGGCGACCCGCCUGACUGGCCCCGAGACUAAGGGCACAGUACCUAACCUGACAGAGGGACAAGAGUACGAAUUCCGUAUUAUCGCUGUCAACAAGGCCGGUAACUCCGAACCAUCUGAGCCUUCAGACUCCGUUAUCUGCAAGCCCAGGCACCUGGCGCCCAGGAUCCUCGGUCCGCUCUAUGAUGUGCGCAUCAAGGCUGGCCAGGUCCUGCAUGUCGACGUGGACUACAUUGGUGAGCCUCAGCCUGACGUGUUCUGGUUCAAUGAUGACAGGGAGCUACAGAUUGAUGUGCGAACCACCAUCACUGCCAUCAACAACCACAGUGUCUUGCACACCGUCAACACCACGCGCAAUGACUCUGGCGAGUACCUCAUCAGGGUGAAGAACGAGAGUGGUCAGGACGAGGCCACCUUCCAGGUAAUUGUUCUGGACACACCUGGAGCACCCGAGGGUCCUCUGACGUACGAGGAGGUACAGGCCAACAGCGUCGUCAUGUCGUGGAAGCCGCCGAAGGAUGAUGGUGGCAGCCCCAUCACUGGCUACGUCAUUGAGAAGCGUGACAUCACUCACGGUGGAGGUUGGGUGCCAGCCGUGAACUGGGUAGACCCCAAGCAGACCCACGCCACAGUGCCACGCCUGCUGGAGGGCACCCAGUACGAGUUCCGCGUCAGGGCUGAGAACCUGCAGGGCCGUGGUGAACCUCUUGUGUCUGACAAGCCCGUUACAGCCAAGGCCUCAGCAGAUGUUCCUGGUUCCCCUGGCCGGCCAUCCUGCACGGACUCCGACAAGGACUUCAUCAAGAUCUCGUGGAGUCCUCCUCGCUCUACCGGUGGCUCUCCCAUCACUGGCUACGACGUGGAACGCUGCGGCAUCCACUCUGGUCGCUGGAAGAAGGUCAACCGAGACCCAUUACGCACCACAGAGUUCGUGGACGACAUGGUCAACGAGGGCGAGCAGUAUCAGUACCGCGUCAUCGCCAACAACAAGAUGGGAGCGUCCAACCCAUCGGACCCAUCACAACCCAUCACCGCCAAGCCCAUGCGCGAGGCUCCCAAGCUGUACCUGGAUGGUCUGCUGGGCAAGAAGCUCAAGGUGCGUGCCGGAGAGCCCAUCGACAUCAAGAUCCCUCUCUCAGGAGCGCCUCAGCCCGCCUGCGAGUGGUCCAAGAAAGACAAGAAGAUCGAACCCAGCAAGAGGACCUCGAUGGAGACCACAAGCGACCACUGCCGUCUCUUCGUGGACAAAUCUCGCCGGGAGGAUUCAGGCACAUACACCAUCACGGCAGAGAACCCCUAUGGCAAAGACUCUGCCAACAUCGAGGUCAUCGUUGUGGAUAAACCGGGUCCUCCUAUUGGUCCUCUCACGCCCACGGAGAUCACCGCCCACACCAUCUCUCUGUCAUGGAAGCCGCCGCAGGAUAAUGGCGGGUCAGAGGUGACGGGCUACGUGGUGGAGAAGACGGAUGCCAACUACGACAUCUGGAAGGUCGUGCCCGGGUACUGCCCUAAGACCAACUUUACUGUCAAGGGUCUCGAGGAGGGCAAGAAGUACCGCUUCCGAGUCCGCGCCGAGAACAUGUACGGCGUGUCUGAGCCUCUGGAAGGCAAACCGGUGGAAGCCAAGAAUCCCUUCGACCCUCCGGAUGCGCCAGAGCGUCCAGACAUCUUGGGUUACAGUCCAUCCACCUGCUCGCUGGAAUGGAAGCCUCCAGUCAACAACGGCGGCCGCCCCGUCACCGGCUACAUUAUCGAGAAGCGUGAGCGUGGCGGUGAAUGGAUAAGGGUGAACCACUACCCGACGCCCAACACCCAGUACACCGUGCAGGGACUCUCAGAGGGUAACCGCUACGACUUCCGUAUCAUUGCUCUCAACGAGGCAGGCCCUGGCAACCCUAGCAAGCCAUCCAACACCAUCGUGGCCAAGGUGCAGAAGUACCUGCCAGGACCACCGGAGGCGCCCAGGCCGGACCGUAUUGGCCGCAACUGCGUGACGCUCUCAUGGCGGCCACCCUCCCAGGAUGGUGGCGCCAAGAUCAAGGGCUACCUGGUGGAGUACAGGCAGAAGGACGAGGAGGAGUGGCAGCCGGCUAACAGCCUCCCUCACCCAGACCCCAACUACACUGUGCUCGGCCUGACGGAGCUGGAUGAAUACUACUUCCGUGUGAUUGCCGUCAACGAAGUGGGUCCUUCAGCACCAUCCCGUCCCUCCAACCUCAUCAAGAUCGAGGAACAGGCUAACAAGCCUCGCAUCGACCUCAGCGCCGUGCGUGACAUCACUGUACGUGCAGGCGAGGACUUCUCUAUCCACGUGCCGUACACAGGCUUCCCCAAGCCCACAUCCACGUGGUAUCGCGAUGACAAUGAGAUCAAAAUUGAUGCUGACAUUCGCAUCCACGAGAAGCUCACUGAUGAUUACUGUGCCAUGAUUGUCACCAACUCCAAGCGCUCAGACACCGGCCCGUACAAGCUGCGACUCCAAAAUCCAUGUGGAUUCGACUCUGUAACCGUCAAUGUCCGCGUGCUUGACCGCCCAGCACCACCUGAGAACCUCCAUGCUGACGAGUUCAACGGCGACGCUUUCACCCUCUUCUGGAACCCACCGAAGGACAACGGUGGCGCUGACAUCACCAACUACGUGGUUGAGAAGCGUGAAGGCCGCGGCAACUGGGUGAAGGUCAGCAGCUACGUCACUGCUCCUUUCCUCCGUAUCCGUAACCUCACCGUCGGCCAAGAGUACGACUUCCGCGUGAUGGCGGAGAACCAGUACGGCCAGUCUGACCCCUGCACCUCACCCACGCCCAUCAGGGCCAGGCAUCCAUUCGACCCACCAGGCGCGCCAGGAGCACCUCGCGGCCUGGAGUCCACCGAAGACUCCAUCACCAUCCAGUGGUCAAAGCCGCGACACGACGGCGGCGCCCACAUCCAGGGAUACGUGGUGGAGAAGAGGGUGGUGGGAGAGAUCUCCUGGAGCAGGGCCUCUCACGCCAUGGUAAAGGACACCACCUACCGAGUCAUCAACUUGACGGAACACCAGGAGUACGAGUUCCGCGCUGCUGCCGUCAACGCCGCCGGCCAGGGCCCGUGGAGCGACCCCAGCGAGAACAUCAAGUGUAUCAGCUUCCGUGCUCCAAAGAUCACGUCAGACUUGAGCAUUCGCGACAUGACGGUGAUCGCCGGCGAGGAGUUCACUAUUACGGUGCCCUUCAUCGCCUCCCCGCAGCCGAAGGUCCAGUGGUGGAUUGGCCCCAACGAGGUGGCCCCCGACGACCGCAUUCAAUUCCACAUGGACACCGGCAGCUCCUCCACCGUGUUCAUCAACAAGAGUGCCAAGCGUUCCGACAUCGGCAAGUACACCAUCAAGCUGACCAACACCGAGGGAGCAGACUCUGGCUCCUGCAAAGUCAACGUGGUGGACAGGCCGUCACCCCCUCAGGGACCUCUGGAAGUGUCCGAUAUUACCCCGGAGACCUGUUCCCUGGCGUGGCGUCCUCCCGCGGACGAUGGUGGUUCACCUAUCACCAACUACCAAGUGGAACGCCUCGAACCCCAUACGGGCAUCUGGAUGAAGGUGUCGGCAUUUGUUCGCUCAUGCCACUACGACGUCAUGGGACUUGAACCUAACCGGACCUACUUCUUCCGCGUCCGCGCCGAGAACCAGUACGGCCUCUCAGAUCCUCUGGAGACCAUUGACCCCAUCACAGCCAAGUUCCCCUUCACUGUGCCCGAUCCUCCAGGCCGCCCCAACAUCCUGGAUCACGACAUCAACUCCGUGAUCCUCACCUGGGAUCGUCCAGCGUCGGACGGCGGCGCCAAGAUCCAGGGUUACAAGGUGGAGUACCGCGAUGUUACCGACACCAACUGGGCUGCUGCCAACGACUUCCUCGUGAAGGAGACCACCUACACCGUCCACUCUCUCCUGAUCAACCACGAGUACGAGUUCCGUGUAAAGGCUAAGAAUGCUGCUGGUUUUAGCAAAUACUCACCACCAAGCAAGAAGAUCAAGUUGAAGGGUAAGUACGCUGUACCUUCACCACCUGGUACUCCCGUCGUCACCAAGAUCGGCAAGAACUACGUCGACCUUAAGUGGACCGUGCCAGAGAGCGACGGAGGCUCCCGCAUCACUGGCUACAUGGUUGAGAAACGUGAGAUUGGCAGCAUCUGGAUGAAGUGUAAUGACUACAACGUGGUAGAUACUCAAUACACUGUGCUUAACCUGACUGAAGGCAGUGAUGUGGAGUUCCGUGUGUACGCCAUUAAUGCUGCUGGCAAGUCUGACCCAUCACAGAGUGCUCAGCCAGUCAAGAUCCGCGAGGCAGCUCCAGGAGAGAAACCGUUCUUCAUCAAGAACCUGCAGAACACUGCCGCCGCUCUCCAUAAGUCUAUCACCCUCGAGUGCGAAGCCGAAGGCAAGCCGGUGCCCACAGCCCGCUGGUUGAGAAACGGCCGUGAGGUGACUCUUGGUGGCCGCAUCACCGCUGAGGAACGUAAUGGACACUUCAAACUUAUCAUCUCUGACAUGUGGGAGGUGGACGAGGGUGACUAUGCCUGUGUGGCAGCCAACGAUGCUGGCCAGGCUACCUCUAUCGCCCAUGUUAAGAUUGGCAACCCACCACGUAUCACCCAGAUGCAUGAUGCUCUCUACCUGCCUGAGGGCGACAACACCAAGAUCAAGAUCUACUUUACUGGUGACCUGCCUCUCGAUGUUAUACUCACCCAGAAUGGUUUGCCUGUGGAAGAGUCUCAGCGUCUUAAGUUCACCGUCUUUGAUGAAUUCAUCAUCAUCUUUAUCAGGGAGGUUGUCAAGGAUGACGCUGGCCCAUACACUCUCACUGUCAAGAACGACUCUGGCUCCGUCAGUGGAAACUUCAUCGUGUACAUCACAGGUGUGCCAGGUGCCCCUACAGCUCCUCUGGAAGUCACCGACAUCAGCCGCCACAUGUGCCACCUCACCUGGCGCCCGCCCGUCUACGAUGGUGGUCUGCCCGUCACACACUACGUGGUUGAGCGUAAGGACAUCACUUAUGCCAACUGGAUCACCAUUAACUCCUUCUGUAAAGACUGUUCCUUCACGGUCCAGGGUCUCACUGAGGGCCAGGAGUACUUGUUCCGGGUGAUGGCUGUCAACGACAAUGGAAUGGGACCUCCCUUGACAGGUGUCAAUCCUAUCAAGGCCAAGGCUCCUUACGACCCCCCGUCCCCACCAGGCACCCCCAACGUCACGGAGGUGGGUGGCGACUUCGUCCACCUGGAAUGGGACAAGCCUGAGCAUGAUGGUGGUUCCCGCAUUAAGGGUUACUGGGUGGAGAAGCGUGAGAUCGGCUCCAACAUCUGGACGAUGGUGAACCAGUACAUCUGCCUGCCUACCCAGAUCAAUGUGUCCAACCUCAUUGAGGAUCGCCAGUACGAAUUCAGAGUGUUUGCCGAGAACGACGCUGGCAUGUCUGAGCCUUCAACAUGCUCGACGUCAGUGAGGAUUAAGGAUCCCAAUGCUGCUACUCCGCCAGUGAUCGUGACGCCCUUGAAGAACGUGAUGGCCCUCCAGUACAGGAGUGGCACCCUCACCUGCCAGAUCUCCGGCAAGCCAAGACCCAAUGUUUCUUGGUUCAAGGGUAUGCGUGAGUUGUGCAACAGUGCCAAGUAUGCCAUGAACCGUGACGGCGAGACCUACUCCCUGACGGUGCAUGACGUGUACGGUGAGGACGAGGACGAGUACAUGUGCCGCGCCCAGAACACCGGUGGUAUCAGGAGCACCAAGGCUGAGAUCUCUAUCAAGUUGGCACCGAAGAUUAACGUUCCUCCCAGGUUCCGCGACACCGCCUUCUUCGACAAGGGCGAGAAUGCCGUCAUCAAGAUUCCCUUCAUCGGCAACCCUCGUCCCCGCAUCACCUGGCAGAGGGAGGGUGAGACCAUCGAGUCCGGCGGCCACUACUCCGUCGAGACCCAGCAGCGCCACGCCAUCCUCACCCUGCGUGACGUCAACAACCUCGACACUGGCAGCUACAGACUCACCGCUGAGAACGAACUCGGCUCAGACUCAGUCAUCAUCAAGAUUCAGAUUUCAGACCGUCCCGACCCGCCACGUCUUCCCAAGGUGGAGAAUGUCCUGGGCACCGAGUGUGUCCUCAGCUGGCAGAUUCCUCUCUGGGACGGCGGCGCCAACAUCAACAACUACAUCAUCGAGAAGAGAGAGUUGCCCAUGGAGUCUUGGAUCAGGUGCGCCAACACUCGUCUCACCACCGCCCAGAUCAAGGGGUUGAGUCCUGGCCACAAGUACCAGUUCAGGGUGUACGCCGAGAACGUCUACGGCCGUUCCGACCCGUCCACCGUCACAAGUGUCGUGGAGACUCCCGCUCCUCUCGCCAAGAAGCACAAGAAGAAGGAGUACGAGGUGGAUGAGACCGGCAAGAAGAUCCGCGGCAGGAAGGAAUCUGUUGACGACUAUGACCAGUUCGUCUUCGAUGUCUACUCCAAGUACGUUCCACAGCCUGUUGACAUCAAGCACGACUCUGUCUAUGAGUAUUACGACAUCCUGGAGGAGAUCGGCACUGGCGCCUUCGGUGUUGUCCAUCGCUGCAGAGAACGCAAGACUGGCAACAUCUUCGCCGCCAAGUUCAUCCCCGUUGCGUCCGCCAUGGAGAAGGAGUUGAUCCGUAAGGAGAUAGACAUCAUGAACCACCUUCACCACCCUAAGCUCAUCAACCUUCACGACGCCUUUGAAGAUGACGACGAGAUGGUCCUCAUCUUCGAAUUCCUGUCUGGAGGCGAGCUGUUCGAGCGCAUCACAGCUGAGGGCUACGUAAUGUCUGAGGCUGAAGUCAUCAACUACAUGCGCCAGAUUUGUGAGGGCGUCAAACACAUGCACGAGAAGAACAUAAUCCACCUGGACGUCAAGCCAGAAAACAUCAUGUGCCAGACUAAGACUUCUACCAAUGUCAAGCUCAUCGACUUCGGCCUGGCGACUAAGCUGGAUCCAAACGAAGUGGUGAAGAUCUCGACAGGCACGGCCGAGUUCGCAGCGCCAGAGAUCGUAGAGAGGGAACCCGUCGGCUUCUACACCGACAUGUGGGCCGUGGGUGUCCUCGCCUAUGUCCUCCUCAGUGGUCUAUCACCCUUCGCUGGUGAGAAUGACAUAGACACUCUCAAGAAUGUGAAGGCCUGCGACUGGGACUUCGAUGAGGAAGCCUUCAGCAAUGUGUCCAACGAAGCCAAGGACUUCAUCCGCCGUCUCCUCAUUAAGAACAAGGAGAAGCGCAUGACCGCACACGAGUGCCUGGUGCACGCGUGGCUGCGCGGUGACUACUCUCCCCGCCUGGAGCCCAUCGAUAUGAUGCGUUACAUUCCCAUCCGCGAUAAAAUCCGUGCCAAGUACAAGGAAUGGGAGAAGUUCCUCCUGCCCAUUGGUCGCCUUGCGGAAUAUUCCUCACUCAGAAAACUACAGCUGGAAAAAUACAGGAUACACGACACGCAUUUCGACCGGCGACAGUGUGCACCAAGGUUUGUUAUCCGGCCGCAGAACGCCUUCACCUACGAGGGCCAGAGCGUCAAGUUCUCAUGCCGCAUUGUGGCUGUGGCGGCCCCCACUGUCUGCUGGUUCCACAACAACAUGGAGCUCCGACAGUCUGUCAAGUAUAUGAAGAGGUACUCGGGAGAGGACUACUCCUUCGUCAUCAACCGUGUCAAGUUAAGCGACCGGGGCGAGUACAUCAUCAGGGCCGAGAACCACUAUGGCGCCAGGGAGGAGCCCGUCUUCCUCAACGUCCAGCCUCUGCCUCCGGAGGUUCCUCAGUACAGACCACAGGAACAGAUCGUCCGUCGCCGACAGCCGCUCAACUACAAGUUGUGGCAGGAGGAGGGUGAGGGAGCCCCAAGCUUCACCUUCCUGCUCCGUCCUCGUGUGAUCCAGUGCCACCAGACCUGCAAGCUCCUCUGCUGUCUCGCCGGCAAGCCCACGCCCACCGUUAAGUGGUUCAAGGGAACACAGGAGCUCACAAAGUUCGAUUAUUCCAUGAGCCACGCCGACGGUGUGGUCACUAUUGAGAUCGUCAACUGCAAGCCCUCCGACUCUGGCAAAUACAGAUGUGUCGCCACCAACCACCUGGGCACUGACGAGACUUCCUGUGUUGUUAUUGUUGAAGGCCACGGAGAUCGGACGCCGGAACAGAAGACGUUGAUGACUAAUCUGAAAUUCUCAGACCGAAGGUAUAUCGAGACGACGAUCAAGGACUUGCCGCCUCCACCGACGCCAGCCAUAAGAGUAGAUGAUUCGAGCUCCUCAAGUUACUUCAGCUCAACACACAAGUCGGCCGCGACCAUCGCUGUUACCAGUAGUUCCUCGGUCCGUCAGGACGGUCGCAGCAGCACCAAGGUGGAAGCGACCUCCUCCUCCUCCUCCACCACCGCCGCCGCCAGCAGCAGCACCACCUCCGGGGCCAAGAGAACACUCAAACCCUACGGCAAGAGGCAAGAUUCCACGGGCACCACCUCCAGGUCACGCUCAGCCACCAAGGAACUCGAGUUGCCUCCAGAUGACUCUCUCAUGGGUCCUCCUGGCUUCUCUGGCGAGCUUCCUCCUACUCUGUCCAUCAAGGAUGGUGAAGCCUUAUGCCUCAAGUGCACCGUUAAGGGUGACCCAGAACCACAAGUCUCCUGGUUCAAGAACGGUGAGCCUAUUAGCUCCUCCGAUAUUAUCGAUCUCAAGUACCGUCAGGGUCUAGCGUCCCUCAGUAUUAACGAAGUGUUCCCAGAAGACGAGGGAUUGUACGUAUGUAAGGCCACCAGCUCCCUGGGCUCCGCCGAGACAAAGUGUACUCUCAGCAUAACCCCGAUGGAGCAACAGAUUAACGGUAAAGGCGGCCGGGGUGACAAGCUGCCCAGAAUCUCCGAGCACCUCAAGUCACAAGAGGUUCAAGACGGCACAGCCCACACGCUCUCCUGCAAGAUUGGCGGCGCCAGUAAGUUCGACGUAGUAUGGCUCCACAACGAGAAGGAGAUCAAGCCUUCCAAAGACUUCCUGUACGUGACCGAGGGAAACACCUAUCUGCUCAAGAUCGCUGAGGUCUUCCCCGAGGAUGCCGGAACCUAUACCUGCGAAGCCUUCAACGACAUAGGCGAGACCUUCAGCACCUGUACUCUGGCCGUCAUAAUCCCAGGAGAGGAGAAGAAGCAGCCGGCCUUCAAGAAGUUCCCCAGGUCUCAGACGGUGAUGGAGGGUAAGUCAGCCGCCUUCAGCGUCAAGUUCGAGAAGGAUCCGCUCAAGGUGUCAUGGAUCAAGGAUGGCAAGCCUGUGGAUGAGACCUCGACACGCUUCAAGUUCCAACAGGAAAGCAAGAAGGAGUUCUCUUACGAAAUCCCCAGCUGCCUGCCGACGGACGUGGGUCAGUACGUGGUUAAGGCCACGUCCAAGAAGGGUGACACCACCGCUGCCUUCUCCCUCAACGUCCACACCGCCGACGACCUGUGACUUGCCCUCUCCUCCCCAUAAGAUUGGACCACGUGGCCGCCACAGUUGCGUGAGUCUCGUGAUCUGCGAGAACUCACGUGACUGACGAACUCCACGGCCACUCAGCCAGUGUACUCUGGCUGAGUCGGCCCUAGAGCAAGCAUUUUCAUCGUGUUAUAGUGACUGUGUGCAUGUUCGCUUCUGUGCUACAUGUAUUUUUCCUAUGAGAUGAUUUAUUAUUAUUAAUACAAUUAUUAGAUUAUAGCAAACCUGUUGAUAUGGAAGAGAUGUGUCUGAGGCGAGAAAGAAUUACCAUCAUAUCAAAGUUUUCUGCAAAUACGUGAACUAGAUGUAUGUAUUCAGUUUUGUGUCAAAUUCACUACAUUGUAUAUUGCUCCUGUAUUGGGAACUCCGUGUAUAGUUACUGAGUACUGGGCGAGGAAGGAGGGAACGUGCGCGUACGCUAAGAGAUGAACUCUGCGCACCUGAGGCCCAGCUUGACCCAUGUCUUUAGCUGGUUCCCUCUUAGGUCAAGGUUACCUCAGUCCAUUGUUCAGAUCUUUUUAACCCUUUUGAUUCUUAAUAGUGUUUUGUUCAGAGUCUUUAUUAGUUUUGCCGUAAUCUAACCUCGGAUGGAUGGAACAACCCGCUCUUGUAUGGGUUGGACUUGCACCACAACUCAUAUGACUGCGGAUUGUGCGCCUGCCCACCUCUAUAACAUUCUUAUAUCUCUUUCUCCGUUUCUCAACGCCUCUCUUUAUUCUCUCUUUUCAAAAGUUCCCGCCAUGUUCUCGUCAUUGUACGUCAUCAGCCUAAGCACCAAUCACAUAGGUCCCUCCGCUGUUCCCCAUACUACGUCAUCAGUCCAUGAACCAAUCACAAUGCACAACUACGAUGACAUGGUUGCCAUUAGUAACGUAUGUCAGAUUCUCAGCUGACUGAUGAGUAUGGUACAGUGCGCUCAGAUAGCACAUACGUUAACUGUAUGAUAAUUACCACUGUAACUUGUAUAAGGCUUUUACGCGAGAAAUAUAUGUGAAUUUUAUUAA